AUGUCCAAGUCUUCGUCGUUCGUCAAAACACAUUUCCAUCCGUUUCUCUUCACUCUCAUAACGCUGGCAGCCAUGGCAGAAUUGGGGCUCACGGCGUUUCUCAUCGCCGCUGGCAACGACAGCGGUGCAUGGCUCAGCCCGCGCUACCACUCUAUGCAAGUAUGCCCCCUUAUUCUGUUCCUCUUCGAUGCCGUUUGGACAACCAUCUUCUCCACUGCAUACAUGUUUUGGAUAGUCGAUGGGGCUAUUCACUUCCUUGCCAGCAUCGCUAGCUCUGUCAUAUGGUUACUGGUCACGUCCGUCAUAUGGGGGGCGGCUGCAGGUAUCAUGCAUCAGACUCGCGUCGGCGGAAAUUGCGCUAAUCUACCCGUGAUCAGUCGCUGUAGAGAAGCUCUCACUGUGGAAGCGCUCGGGUGGACUGAGUUUGCGUUGUGCAUCUUGACCGUACUGUCCACAUUGGUCUGGGCUCGUGGCAGUAACAAAAGCUAUGUACGCGAUUGUCUGUGCUUCAUCUCAUUGCACAUUUCUCAUCUUCCACUCACAGCGGGAUAG